AGACAGGUGAGCCAGGUAACCAAAGGAACCAUGCUUCCCAUAUUUUCGGGAAAGUUAUGCCAGUUUUUCAGUGUAGCUCGCUUCCCUUCUAUCCUGUUCCUUGGAAUUAUUUAUGUAGCCUAUGUCCUUGUUGGAGGGCUAAUCUUCUGGAAACUAGAAGGAUGGUACGUGUUGCAGCAGACUGAUCUUCUGAAAGAGAAAAGAAUUAAACUACUUGAGAAAUACCCAUGUGUGGGUCAGAAUGGGCUCCGAGAACUAGCACAGAUGAUAAAAGCUGCUUCCCUGAGUGGCUUGAGUCCAGACAGCAAUGAUACCGCAGAUGGCUUCUGGAAAUUUACCAGCUCAUCUGUGUUUGCGGCAACUGUGGUCACAACUAUUGGCUAUGGGAAUAUAUUUCCAUUGACGACAGCUGGUCAAAUCUUCUGUGUGUUGUUUGCACUUUUUGGCAUUCCCCUGAAUGUAGUGAUCUUAAAUAGAGUUGGGAAAUACAUGCUGGCCAUUGAAAGGAAUUUUUGCAAUUUUCUGGAGAAAAAAGUUGAUAGAGGGAAAUGUGUACGAAUAUCCAUUCACAGUAUAUCUUUUGUGAGCUCAGCAUUUCUGUACUUUGUGGUUCCUAUGCUGCUUUUUAAAGAGUAUGAGGGAUGGAGUUACGCUGAAGCCAUUUAUUACUGCUUCAUAACACUCAGCACUAUUGGAUUCGGAGAUUAUGUUGCAGAUAACAACCCAGCAAUAAAUUACCCAGAGUGGUACAGUUGUCUGAUGGCAGCCUGGAUAUUCUUUGGCCUGGCUUGGCUCGCUCUUCUGAUUAAUCACUCCAUUGAUUUACUGGAGAGUAUGAAUGCUUACAUAAGAGGAAGGCAGAAUGCACAAACACAAGUGGAGGAGUCCAAAGAACAGCCAGAAAAAGGACUGAAAGGGGAAGAAACAUGAAACAUGAAAAAUUAAUUUAACAGUGGUACGAAAAACAGGAAGGCGUCUGUGGUAUGAAUAAUGCUGUAUCUACUCAUCAUUACAAAAAAAUUUGGUUAAUUAUUAAGUAAAAUACUCAAUGUUUAAUGUAUCAUUCAAAUUAAUCGAUAAAAUUCAAAUAAUAGUUUCUUCUAAAAACUGAGCUAAAUGUUUAAAAUAAAUGUUUUGAUUUAAUAAUAAUGACAAUUGAUCACUUGUGUGACUGGCAGUGUUUGGCUUGAAAAUCUUGCUUGGUUCAAUUAAAAUUAAUUGCUGUCAUACCACUAACCAGCAAACCAAGCCAGGAGUUUAUUGAUUAUA